UUUCUGCAUCACAGCAAGAUUUACUUGUUAGCCCAUAAGCAGGAGCUUACUAGCUGGCUUCCACGUUGGGAUCUCUGCAGGAGCUGGUGGCUUGCAUGGAAAAAAACACUCCGCACGCACCACUUGGCAUCAGCUCAGUGCUCCUUCUUUCGGAGCAAUACGGGAACGGCAGGGGAUUACGGUAAUGGCAAGGAUACUGCCUGCUACAUCAGCAGAGCAGUAAAGUUACUGCUGCUCCUUGACAGCGUGGAGCUGAGCACUGCAACUGGGGAGGGUGCUUGGAGGGAUGCUGGAGCCAGACCCCGCACAGGCACCGGGCUACAGGGGAGCAGAGCAAGGGUGAGUCAUCAAAACGCCAGGGGGGAGAGAGAGGCAGAGAGGCAGUGGAUUUGCAGGCAGAGUCCCAUCUCUGCGUGAAGAGAGGAGCCUGCUGUGUUGUGCUGUGGAUCUCCUUUCCAGAUGCUCAGAGGAGCUGUGCUGCCUUCUAGAGACCAAGAGGGGGUGAUAAUCUGAAAGGAGCACAACAGCCUGCGUCACUCACGUGGCAAACUUCACUCUCCCCUUCAGAGCAAGCCAGAAGCUGAUGUAAACCAACUUCUAUUCGUAGCCCAGGUGCCAGCUGCUCCACAGCACGCAGAGGCUUUGAGUGACCCUUCAGCCCCUGAGGACCAGUGGUGGCAGGUAUCUCAAAUGACAUUGCUGAGCAGGCAGCAGCAGCCUUCACCCUGCCAGGUUUCUGCUAAGGCACUUGUAAAACGGGAUCAGGACUAACACAACGCAAUUAAAGCAUCAGUGACUUCCUCUUAGGAGAAACCUAAAUUUGAGGCCCUUUGGAAUAUUUCUGUUACUUGACUGAAUCUUGCCCAGAAGGCAGAAAUGACCUUAACCUGUAAUUCCACCUGCAAUCCUUCUCAUCACUCUGUCCUGGGAUGUAGGAGAAAGAGCCUCAGCCUCACUUCUGCACCCCAAGAACAAUGCCAAAGGGGUUAAAUUUGACUGAAAUGGUGGCUAUUAACUGUGCUAGGAUGGUAAGAACUUAGGGAUAAAAGCAGGUUUUCUAUUCUGUUUCUGGAUCCUUCUUGUUGAUCCUGGUGCUGCACUUCCAAGACGUUCUUAAAAACUCUUUUCCCCAGCGAAGCCAGGCAGAUGUUGCCUGUAGGACUUUCUGAGAACUGAUCUCAUCACUCUUUUCACCUGAAAAGGGAGUGAAGUGCAUGCAUGAACACUGUCAGCCACUCACCAUGGUCUUCCUCCCUGGAAACUCAUCUGACUGCUCCAAUUGCACCCACUCUGUGGGGCCCGUGAACAUUUCCAAGGCCAUUUUGCUCGGCGUUAUUCUAGGGGGAUUAAUCAUUUUUGGGGUUUUGGGUAACAUCCUGGUUAUCCUCUCUGUAGCCUGCCACAGACACCUGCAGAGCGUUACCCACUAUUACAUAAUUAACCUGGCUGUAGCUGACCUCCUCUUGACUUCCACUGUCCUGCCCUUCUCAGCCACCAUGGAGAUUUUGGGCUACUGGGCCUUUGGGAGGAUCUUCUGCAACAUCUGGGCAGCCGUCGACGUCCUUUGCUGCACUGCUUCCAUUAUGAGCCUCUGUAUCAUCUCGAUAGACAGGUACAUCGGGGUGAGCUACCCGCUGAGGUACCCGAGCAUAGUGACAGAGAAGAGAGGCCUCCUGGCUUUACUGUGCGUUUGGGCACUGUCCCUGGUGAUAUCGAUCGGACCUCUCUUUGGCUGGAAGGAGCCAGCCCCAGAAGAUGAGACCAUCUGUCAGAUCACUGAAGAGCCUGGCUACGUGCUGUUCUCUGCCCUAGGCUCCUUCUACCUCCCCCUGACUAUUAUCUUGGUGAUGUACUGCCGUGUGUACGUGGUGGCCAAAAGGGAAAACAAAGGGCUCACCUCUGGUCUGAAGACAGAGAGAUCCCGUUCGGAAGAAGUGACCCUACGGAUCCACCGUAAAAACACUCGCGAAACGAGCGGGUCCACAUCCAACCCCAAGAGCAAGCACCACUUCUCAGUGCGCCUCCUCAAGUUCUCCAGGGAAAAGAAAGCUGCCAAGACCCUGGGAAUAGUUGUGGGAUGCUUCGUUCUGUGCUGGCUCCCAUUUUUUGUAGUCAUGCCUCUUGGUUCUUUCUUUCCUGCAAUCAAACCCCCGGACACGCUUUUUAAAAUAACAUUUUGGCUUGGAUAUUUAAACAGCUGCAUCAACCCCAUAAUCUAUCCGUGCUCAAGUCAAGAGUUUAAGAAAGCGUUCCAAAACGUCCUGAGAGCGCAGUGCCUCCCGAGGAAGCAUGCAGCAAAGAAGCAAUCCCCAAGUUUCAACCUCAACCAUCCCGCCAGCCAAAGCAUGGAAAGUGGCAAAGGUGUGGUCCGUAUCCCCGUCGGCUCGGGCGAAACCUUCUAUAAGAUCUCCAAGUCCGAUGGGGUCUGCGAAUGGAAGAUCUUCUCUGCCGUGCAAAGCGUGCCUACAAAAAACACGGUUUCUAAGGACAAGUCUAGCUGCACUACUGCCAAAGUGAAAAGCAAAGGUUUCCUCCAGGAAUGUUGCUGUGCAGGCACUUCAGGGAACGUGGUCCACGAAAAUUGUAAAGUGCCAACCAUUAAAAUCCACACCAUCUCCCUCAGCGAGAACGGGGAGGAUGUCUAAAGGACUGAACAUGCCUACUAGGGUAGGCUGGCAAACUGGUGGCUCUGCUGACGGGAGGUCGCUCUCUGCAUUGGAAGUUGCUCUUUUUAGUGGGAAGUAGAAGUAGGGGCUAUGACAGCUGAAGGGGGUUGGGUGAAAAGAAUAGAGUACAGUAAAACAGUGCCAAGUCUUUUGAGGAGUGGUGCCUUGGAGUGCUGGGAGCCUGACCAAAGGCCCUAAAAGACAGUGAACAGCUUCAGUGGAUGGUGAGCACCCGUUGCUCUUCCAUAAGACUGGCCCCUGCAAGCGAUUUGCCGGAUAUUUAAAGGCCUUAUUUUUCACUAUAUUCCUCUGUUUUAAAGGCCAACUGCUCUGGUUUAGGUGCAAGGACGGAAAAAGAGCAAACUACAAAGCUCCCACACUGAGUUCAGCAUGAAUGCUUUCAGACAGCUCCGAGUCUAGAGCCACUUCUGUGACUUUUUAAUACUAAAAAGAUAAACAUUGAUUUAACAGCCAGGAGAACUGAGGUCGGGAGGCUCAGGUCUUGGGACAGUGUUUACAGAUCUCUGCUUACUUUUUGUUAAGGGACUGUGGACAAGGAUGCGUUCCUACCAUGUCUUGCCUCUUUUGUUCAUCUCCAGGUCCCGGUUUGGCGAGGUCCUACCGCCCUUGCUGAAGAGGCCAGGCAGCUCUUUGGAUUAUACCUUCAGCUGGGCAGCCACUGUGGUCCUCAUCCCCGAGCUGUGCCAGGUGGGGAUCUGGUGUUCUGCAGCGGCCACAAGGCUGCUGGGCUUCCACCUGCCUGGAAAGGCAGCAACUUCAAACCACGGGGCACAGCAAAACUCUCUCGGCUCUUGCCUUACUUGGAGUCGCUCGAUGUUUCCCUUGGUGCUGUGGAUUUCAGUAAAUUCCACUGCCAAGAGAAACUCAGUCCACGUGGCUGUGCCCCACCUAGCUUCAGAGACAAGCCGGAACUUUUCUUUUUUGUACAACCCCCCGAAAUCCCCAACCAAAUCCAAAUGAAAAUUUGCAUGUGUCCUAGGUUUCUUUGGAGGGUGUCUGCGCUUUGAUGUGGGCCUGAUAAAAUUCAAAACUAGGUAAGGCAUCAUCAAAUAAGGCUUGAAGAGGUCAUCCAUUUGUUCUCCCUGAUCCGAGUCCAGCAGGGGACUGCUUAAAAACUCAAAAACUCCUUGCCCAGGUGCUUGCGCUAGUCAGAUCCCAGGGUACCGCAGUGCCACCAUCGCUGGAAAAGAGCUGAUGCUUUGCUGUCUCCUUGCCCGGUGUCACACCACAUUCCUCUUCUGACUCCUCCCGUGCGAACUGCCCUAAGCCUUCCGAGAGACCCUGGUACCCUGAAGUCAGGAACUUGAUCCUUGUUCAGAGCAGGGGGAGUUAAACUCAUUAAAUGACUUAAGGAUGUACAUCCUCAUGAGAAAGGGCCUUCCUUUGGGAA